GAGCGGCGCAAGAUGGAGGAGUACGCGCGGGAGCCGUGUCCCUGGAGGAUAGUCGAUGACUGUGGGGGUGCUUUCACAAUGGGAGCCAUAGGAGGUGGCAUCUUCCAAGCUAUCAAGGGCUUCAGAAAUUCCCCCGUGGGUGUGAACCACCGGCUGCGGGGAAGUUUGACAGCUAUUAGAACGCGAGCUCCCCAGCUGGGAGGUAGCUUUGCUGUCUGGGGAGGACUCUUCUCCAUGAUCGACUGCAGCAUGGUGAGGAUGAGAGGGAAAGAAGACCCGUGGAAUUCCAUCACGAGCGGAGCCCUAACCGGAGCCAUAUUAGCCGCAAGAAAUGGACCUGUUGCCAUGGUUGGAUCUGCUGCCAUGGGAGGAAUUCUCCUAGCUUUAAUCGAAGGAGCUGGUAUUCUGCUAACAAGAUUUGCAUCCACACAGUUCCCAAAUGGCCCUCAGUUUUCAGAAGACCCUUCCCAGCUGCAGCCCUCUCCAUUUGGCGACUACAGGCAGUACCAGUGACUGGGCUCCUCCUGCUCGUUCCUCUUGCUCCGGGAGCUGCCACUGCACUUGCUGGAGCACCGGGGUGCGGUAGGUGGCAACACCAGUGGCAGCCCCUUAUACAGACCAUGCCAAGAGGAUCUUCAGCACCUCCCCGUGUAACGGAGAACUUUGAGAAGAGGAUUGAGAUAUUUAUUCCUAAUAGAUCCCAUUGCUGUAAUGUUCAUACGUGUCUGGUAGAAUACAUGGCGAUUUCAGACAAGGCCCCCGGGGAGUCUUGUAAUCCUUGGGACUGGACGGAAAGGAAUUUUCUUUGUUGUUUUCUCCGACACGCGGCGUUAAGGAGCAGCGCUGAAUUGAGCUGCUUCCCUGGCAGGUCAGGGUUCAGCAGAGGCUUCAACUUGAGGCAGGGGCCACCUCUCCACAGAGCCCUGCUUUCCACCCAAGGCGAAUGUUACCC